GUUGUCUACCUACCGAGCUUGACUCUUCGGUUAUCAAAACAACUGAGACCGAAAGAAAGUGUCCACAAGACGUUCGAUAACUUCGUUUUCUAGUCAACCCAUUCAAGUUUAUCUUUCUCAUCUGUUUUCGCAGCGUUCCCUUUCUCCUGUGAGUGUUGCGUGUUUGUUUCAGGAUGGUUAAAGUGUCUUUUAACGCGGCGUUGGCGCAGAAAGACGUGAAAAAAGAUUUUGAAACUCUGAUCCCCGCGGAGAACAGGGAUACAGAGGCGGCUCUGGUGGUGCGUCAGCGGUCUCGGGCCUGGUGCUGGUGUGUGUGCCUGGGCAUCGCCCUUUUUCUGUCUGGAGUGGUGGUGGCAGGAGCCUACCUGUACCGCUACUACGUCGUGGAGGGUCACAGGAAUCUGAUCUCCAGCAGUCAUUGGGCUGACCCUCAACAGCAGGAUAACGAGGUCUUCAUCUGUGGGGUGAACUACCACGAGAAUGACUACAUGAUCACUGAGGAAGAGGAGAUGAUGGAAGAGCAGAGUUUCCGCCAGCGGCUGCUGCAGGAGAGAAUCCAGGUUCUGGUGCCAGACCAGGUGGAGAUCAUUCAUGUCCCCGUGCCUGACUUUGAGGAUGGAGAUCCAGCAGACAUUGUCCAUGACUUCCAGAGGAGGUUGACUGCCUACUUGGAUCUGAGCCUGGACAAGUGCUACGUCAUCCCCCUCAACACCUCUGUCGUCAUGCCUCCCACAGACUUACUGGAUCUCCUCAUCAAUGUCAAGGCUGGCACCUACCUGCCCCAGUCCUACCUGGUCCAUGAGGAGAUGGUGGUGACCGAGCGUCUGGAGAACAUCGAAAACCUCGGAGCUUUCAUCUACACCCUCUGCCGCGGCAAAGACACCUACAAGCUGCAGCGCAGAGACAGGAUUCUGGGUAUGCAGAAGCGUGAAGCUCUCACCUGCCACAAGAUCCGUCACUUUGAGAACACGUUUGUGGUGGAAACUCUGAUCUGCGAGCCUUAAGAUGCUGCAUCACCUCUCCAUGGGUCUUAAUAAAGCCAGGCGUGCAGAGACUCUGGAUCCUCACCUGUCUUUUGUUUUUAGUAGCUGGAGUGAGUGAGUGAAUGAGUGAGUGAGGGGAGUGCAAUGUGAAGUUGUUGGUAAAUCUGUGUUUGAAAAAGGUGAAUCUUGUAUUUGUCCACUUUCUGUGCGGGGAUAGUCUGGGAAUCUUAUUUCAGAUAAUAAGUAGCUUCAAAUCUACAUUUAUGAAUCAGUUUAUUCAAGAUAACAGCAAAAAGACCUCACACUGCAUCUUCCUAGACAAAAGUCAGCUGUUGGCCUUUUUCGUAUAAAGUUCUAGAGACGGAGCACUUUUUGUACUGCUGAUACUGGCUGUUGAUUUUCAGUGAUUAAAUGUCGUUUUUGUCUGCUGUAGCUAUUAAUACACUGCAUCAGUUCUCUUCUAAAUAUAAAACUGGAAGUGUUUUACUGGUUUAAAUAAAAACAGCAGCACGUGGAAGUGAGCACACGUAUGUUCACGUUUUUCCACAGCUUUUUUCUAAAUUUAAAAAUUUUUUGAUAGCUUUUCUUCUACUAAGUUGUGUAUAUAAUCUCUAAACAAAGAAACCAAACAACACAAUAAACAACCCAGAAAAACCAAA